UUGAAAGAAGUAUACAACAACAAAAAGUCGCACUAAAAUGCAGUUUAUUGACAUUCGCUUAGCGAGAGAAUCCGUAAACAUUGAGUCAAAAAUAAAUUUUAUAAAAUAAAGACGGUAUGCGGAUGUAAGUAGUGCUAGUUUUAUUCAUUCGAGGUGCAUUUGACAACACAAUGCAACGAGACAAUGGAUCGUACAGUAGUUGUAAGUAGACACUACGUUCGAGUAUAUUAAAAAUAAUACUUAGCGGAAAUAUAUUGCACCAUUAAGAUGUUAUUGUUUGAAUAAUGUGUUCGAAAGCAAUUAACGUAUAGAUAUGGGUAAUAAAGUGGAUAAUGUGAGUUUAAUCGCUCAUGCAGCUAGCGAUCUCCUGGACAGCCAUGCACUGGGCAACGAGAAACUUGUGCCAGCGAUGGAGAGGUCCAUGAGAUCUAGCGUUGACGGAAACAGUGUCGAGAUAGGGGAAAUAACAGAAUCACCAGAAACAGAUUAUAUGAGUACUUCAGCUAUAUUACACUACUGCAAAUCAAAAGUUAGUAAAAUUCAUUUAGCUAUAUGUGUAGACUUGAAAUAUUGGUGCCAUAUCUUAAACUCUUAACGGUGAUGGGGCUACGACCGGUGGCUGACACGUCGAACUCCUCAAGAUGUGCCGUUUGCUUCUCACACUUUCAUUCAGCACAAGUGGCAGUGUUUAUGUGCUUAGGAUAUAUAUUGCAAUAUAUGGCAUGUUUUAGAAGAGACAGGGGAUUUUGUUACAAACUAGUGCCGUUAGCGUUAUCUUCCUCGUUGGAAUAUGAUGCGUACAGACAAGUCUGCUACGGCAAUGUCACCUUUACUUAUAUUGGGCCCAGUGUGUUGCAUUUUGUUGGAUUCCUGUAUGCACUUUAUCUCUUCAGGAUAUCUGAUAAUGAACAAUUACAGAAUCUAAUGGAGAGGGUGUUCCUGUUAUCGUCGUACGCCCCUCAAGGAACACCGACAACAAAACCAAAGAAAUUACUUAGAAUGCUUUGGUUCUUUAUAAGUUUAAGUGUCCUGUGGAUGUGUGUGUCAUUGUGCUCCGUAAAUCUAAUGAUGGCAAAGGGAACUAUUAUAUUUAGAUGGAUGGAAAACAGUUCCGAUGAGUUGUUGCUUUUUUUAAAAAUACUUCUUAUAGUAUGUACAUUGAUUCAUGAUAUGAUUCAAGCAACGGUUAUUACGAGCUACUGUCUUCAAGCGCAAUUGUUGCAAGCGCACCUAAUGUUCCUGAGGGAACGCUUACUCAAUCGCACUAUAUCGCCGCUGAAUUGGAUGAGGGAAAUAGCUGAAUUUCGCAAGCUUCUAAAAUAUCUAAAUGAUGAUCUAGCACCGGCUGUAUGUUUUUUUACGAUUGUGAACUCUUCAUGGGCGGUGUCUGGUAUCAUUUGGUUACUCGACCUGGACAAAGUGGAUACAGGAACGGAGCCAAUAGCAGGAAUUAGCAUUUUGAAUCAGCUCCUAUGGAUAUCGGCCGUAGUCGUUCCUUUUAUACAGGCAGCAAGACUAUCAGCGGAAUGUCACCGCACACAAUCCGUCGGGCACGAGUUAUGUGUGCGACCAUUUUUGCACCAGGAUACAUCGCAAGAAGACAUCACCACAGUACUUGCCUUCGCCACAUCGCUCAAACUUCGCGCGAAACUAUUCUGCUAUCCCAUUUCCUCCCGAUAUAUUUGUCUUAUUUUGACAUUAGCCACUAUAAUAUUAUUUGCACUGGGAAUGUGUCAUUAUUUACAAUGAAAGUUAAAAUAUAAGUUUAACUAAUGUAUUGAAUAAAAUAGCAUGAAUUUG